UCUUCCCAUUUCACAAACACAAAAGCAAAGAAAAGAGAGACCUGUCCUCACCGCUCUCCCAUGUCGCUUUCCCCCUUUGUCACUUUGCCCUAAUCCCAGACUUCAAUUUUCCGUCGCGGCGGAGGAAGGAGCAAGAAGAAGAGGAGCCAGCGCGUGGACAUAUUUAUUCUUUUUCCCUUUUUGUUUUGAUCGUUUACUGGUGUGAAUUCUCAUUGUUGGAGUUGGUAGGGCGGAGUUUGUUUUGGAUGUGAUUGAAGUCGGCGGCGGAGCAGCAGCGAUAUUUUAGGGUUGCAGGAAUAGUGGUUUUGAUGCCGCCGGAGCAAUUCCCUUGGGAUCGAAGGGAUUUCCGUAAGCACGACAGAUCCGGGUCCGACCCCCGCUUUGGCGGCGGAGGAUUCGGAGGCGGAUGGGCGAAUAGAUGGCGGGAGCCGCAACACCACCCGCACGCGCCGCCGUCUUUUCAACACCACCACAACCAUCAGCCGCAGCCGCCUUGGUAUUCUGAUUUUCGCACUUCCCGCCCUAUCCCUCCCGGUCAUGGUAAGCAGGGUGGAUGGCACAUGUAUCCUGAUGAGGCUGGUCAUGUAUUUAUGCCGUUUGGGUCUAGGUACAAUGACAGAGAUGCGCCGGAUGAUAACUUUCGACCUUUUGGGUCUCGUGGUGAAGCCAAAUAUAUCAGAAAUAACCGAGAAAGCAGGGGAUCCUUUAGCCAAAAAGACUGGAGAUCACACUCUUGGGAACCUGCAGUGUCAUCCAGUGUUUCUGGGAGGCCAACUACUGAGGUGAAUAAUCCGAAGGCUAUAGCGAACAACCAGACAUUCCAUAAGGUGAAUAACCAGAAGGCCACAGAAAAUACUCAAUCAGGCCUAAAGGUGAACAAUCAGAAGGUUGCAGAGAAUGGCCAAGCAUUCCAUAAGGUGAAUAAUCAGAAGGUUUCAGAGAAUGCCCAAGCAUGCCAUAAGGUGAAUAAUCAGAAGGCUGUGGAGAAUGCCCAAACAUGCCCUAAGGUGAAUAAUCAGAAGGCUGCGGAGAAUGCCCAAACAUGCCCUAAGGUGAAUAAUCAGAAGGCUGUGGAGAAUGCCCAAACAUGCCCUAAGGUGAAUAAUCAGAAGGCUGUGGAGAAUGCCCAAACAUGCCCUAAGGUGAAUAAUCAGAAGGCUGCGGAGAAUGCCCAAACAUGCCCUAAGGUGAACAAUCAGAAGGCUGCGGAGAAUGCCCAAACAUGCCUUAAGGUGAAUAAUCAGAAGGCUGCGGAGAAUGCCCAAACAUGCCCUAAGGUGAAUAAUCAGAAGGCUGCGGAGAAUGCCCAAACAUGCCCUAAGGUGAAUAAUCAGAACGCUGCGGAGAAUGCCCAAACAUGCCCUAAGGUGAAUAAUCAGAAGGCUGCGGAGAAUGCCCAAACAUGCGCUAAGGUGAAUAAUCAGAAGGCUGCGGAGAAUGCCCAAACAUGCGCUAAGGUGAAUAAUCAGAAGGCUGUGGAGAAUGCCCAAACAUGCUAUAAUGUGAAUAAUCAGAAGGCUGCGGAGAAUGCCCACACUUGCCAUAAGACAAGCAAUCAGAAGGCUGUAGAUGAUUUCCAAACAUGCCUUAAGGCAAGUAAUCAGAAGGCUGCAGAGAAUGCCCAAACUUGCCAUAAGACAAGCAAUCAGAAGGCUGGAGAUGAUUCCCAAACAUGCCAUAAGACAAGCAAUCAGAACGCUGUAGAUGAUUACCAAACAUACCUUAAGGCAAGUAAUCUGAAGGCUGUAGAAAAUGGCCAAAUAUGCCAUAAGGAGAAUGUGCAGAAGGCUGUGGAGAAUGUGCAGACAUGUCACAAGGAUAAUAGUGUGAGCAAUGAUUCUGCUCAUCCUCCUCCUGAUCUUUUAUCAAGCCCAUCUCAGCAUGUUCUGAAAGAGAAGCAAGAAAAGAAUGAUGCGGCAGCAUCUGGUACAUUGGCGAGCCUGGGUCAGAAUCCUGGAAAAGAGAAGGACCUAGGAUCAAUAGAUUGGAAGCCUCUGAAAUGGUCUCGGUCAGGGAGCUUGGUGUCAAGAGGCUCUGGUUUCAGCCAUUCCAGUAGCUCCAAAAGUCUGGGAGUUGACUCUACUGAUAUUAUGUCUGAUCUACAGAAGAAAGAUGCGACACCAGACCAAUCUUCUGCUGCUGCUGCUAGUGCCAUGACCAGUUCCUCUGAUCCAUCUGAUGAGACCACUUCCAGGAAGAAACCCCGCCUUGGCUGGGGUGAGGGUCUUGCAAAGUAUGAAAAGAAGAAGGUUGAUGGGCACGAUGACGAUGCCACAAAGGAGAGACUUGUUGUUGGUGCCACCAGUGCAGGAAUAAUGUUGUCGCCUUCUGUGAACCAAGUGCUUAAAAGCCCUAGAUUUGUAAAUGUGUUAGAUUGUGCCUCGCCUGCAACUCCAGCUUCCGUUGCUUGUAGUUCUUCACCAGGCACUGCAGGUAUUGUGGAGAAAGAAUCUAUCAACAUAGCAGAUUCAGAUAAUAAUACUGCUAAUCUCUGCUGUUCGCCUGGUAUUAUGCCCCUGGACUACCAUGAGGGGACUUCUUUUAACCUAGAGAACUUGGAGCUUAGUUCUAUUGCUAAUUUGAGCUUGUUUAUAAAUGACUUGCUGCAAUCCAGCGAUCCUAAUUCAAUGGAAACUGGUUAUGUGAGGACCUCCUCAAUGAAUAAGCUGUUGGUGUGUAAGGUUGACAUAUUGAAAGCACUUGAAGUGACUGAAUCUGAGAUAGAUUCUCUUGAAACUGAACUCAAGACUCUGUCUGGUGGAUCCAACAGCUGCCAUCCAUUUCCAGCAGCUUGCCACUUGAAAUCUGGAGAGCCCCUUUUAGAACCUUGUGAAGAGCAUGCUGCUGCUUCUGGUAAUACUGCUGUUCCUCCUCCAUUGCAGAUUGCAUCAUCUGGAAGCCUGGUUGAUGAGGAUGCACCUACUGCCCAGGAAGGAGAGGAUAUGGAGGCGAUGGAUGAAGACAUUGAUAGCCCAUAUUCAGCAACUUCUAAACUUGUUGGGGCUGUAGUAUUGUCUGGGGAAGAUAUUUGCACUUCCAAGACGGCAGAAAGUGUUGAGGGUUCUGUUAUGCUGAACUCAGACAAUUCCAGGAACUCGAAUCCUGCUUUUUCAGAGAAUGGGUUGGGCAACCAGGAUAAUGUGUGUCCUGUUGAUGUUCCUUAUUCCAUUUUGCGUGAUAGCCAAAAUUCGAAUAUUGUGGGUGAUGUGUCCUGUGAUCAUAUUUAUGACUCUGUGUUAGCUUCUAGUAAAGAGUCUGCAACUAGGGCUGUAGAGGAGUUGAAUAAGUUAUUACCUGAUGGGAAAGGUGAUGUUGGUACUUCAAAUGUGUCUGGGAUCUCCUCUUUUCAGAGGGAUUCCUUGAUGAUUAAGGAAAAGUUUGUAGCAAGGAAGUGGUCUCACAAAUUUAAGGAGAAAGUUGUUACGCUGAAGUUUAAGAUAUUUCAGCAUUUCUGGAAAGAAGGUCGUGUUGUUUCUGUAAGGAAACUUCAGGGGAAGUCACACAAGAUGUUUGAUCUAAGUCGAACUGGGUAUAGAAGGAAUCGAUCCUCUGUUCAAUCUCGUAUUUCUUAUUUUGCUGGAAGUCAUCCGAUAGUUCCUGCAGAAGAAGUAAUUGAUUUCAUUAAUGGGUUGCUUUCAUCAUCACCAUUCAAACCCUGUAGGAAUUUCUUGAAGAUGCCUGCUUUUAUUUUGGACAAGGAAACAAGGAUGUCAAGGUUUAUCUCAAACAAUGGUCUGGUUGAAAAUCCUGGUGCUGCUGAGAAAGAAAGAUCUUGUAUAAACCCAUGGACAGCUGAGGAGCAAGAAAUCUUCAUUGAUAAGCUUGCUGUUUUUGGGAAAGAUUUCAGCAAGAUUGCAGGUUUUCUGGAACAUAAAACAAUUGCUGAUUGUGUUGAGUUUUACUACAAGAAUCAUAAAUCUACUAGCUUUGAGAGAGCUAGAAAGAACCGAGAUAAGCAAAGCAAGCCACAAGCUACUGCUUACUUAGUAGCUACUGCAAAAAGGUCAAGUCGUGAGGUGAAUGCUGUGAAUCUUGAUAUACUUGGUGAUGCUUCGAUAAUUGCAGCUGCUGUUGAUGAUGGCGUCCGCAUGAAGAAGCUAGAAUCCAGGCCCAGGAUCCUUUUGGGUCCAGCUGGUUCUCAUAAACUGUCCAGUGGUGAUGAUAGUGCUUUGCAUCGGUCAAAUAGUCUGGAUAUGUAUUGUAGUGAAACUGCUGCAGCUGAUGUGUUAGCUGGCAUUUGUGGUUCACUGUCAUCUGAGGCUAUGAGCUCUUGCAUAACGAGUUCUUUUGACCCUUCUGAUCGGUGUCAGGAUUGGAAAUGCCCACUAGCAAGUUCUGGUAUUAAGCUACCUUUGACUCCUGACGUAACACAGAAUGUUGAUGAUGAAUGCUCAGAUGAGAGUUGUGCAGAAAUAGAUACAGUUGAUUGGACUGAUGAGGAGAAGUCUAUCUUCAUUCGGGCCAUAUCAUCUUAUGGUAAGGAUUUUGCUAGGAUCUCACAAUGUGUUGGAACCAAAAGCAAUGAUCAGUGCAAAAUAUUCUUCAGCAAGGCUCGAAAGUGUCUGCAGUUAGAUCAAAUUCAUCCUGGUGCUGAUGGUGCUGAACCUGGUGAUGUUAAUGAAGGUGGCAGUGAUGUUGAAGAUGGCUGUGUUCUGCAGAAUGUAUCUGUUAUAUGCAGUGAUAAUUCUGAGAACAAGAGUGAAGAGAAUCUUAUAGCCGAAGAGGCGAAAAUGGAUCAUAUGUCUGAUUCUGUGGAACCCCACAAGUUGAAGCCUGAUGUUAAUGCCUGUGGAGAAGGUUCUAGCACAUGCCUUCUUGAUUCUAUGGCUGCCAGCCCUGUUUUAACGAACACAUCUGCGAAUGGCUGUCAAGUGGAUGCUAUGCCAGCAGUCGACAUCAGUGCAGGCAACAAAGAGCAGAAUGAUGCUGAUGGAUCUGAUCUGAAGAGUAGAACUAUGUGUUUGUCAUCCAAUAGCAAUUCUGUACAAGUUGAACUGGGCGUUGAUUGUGGCAUGCCUAGUAGGCCUAGUUUAGCUGCUGAUAAGGCUUUAUCCAAGGCUCCUGAUGGGCAGCGUAUGCAAAAUUUACCUGAAGAAAAGUUGGAUGGUGGUAAUAUGGCUAGAUUAGGAGAUACUAAUCUGGCUGAUGUGGUGUUCUCCAGUGCAGCAAGUGACCUGAAUCCAGAGAAUCAGCUUGAUGGGAACGUCUCUCAGCCUUCUGCUGAUGCACAUUCUUCUGUGCAAGUUCUAUGUGGGUCACAGGAGGAGGCUGGCCUCAAAUCCUACCCGCCUGAAACACCCGAUGUGACCUCAUUGCAGCCAAAUGAUCUUAUGGCCUCUGUGGCGCCUUCUGCUCUCUUUUCUGUUCCCAUCACUUAUCAGAGACACUCGGUUGGUAAUGCUCUAGAUAAAAGAUGUUUACAGACUAUGGAUACCACAGGUGAUUGCCAGCAACAACGCCCAGGUAACUCACUUUUAGAAUCCAUGCAGUCUUCCCAGAUCCUGAGGGGGUACCCAGUUCCAGUGCAUGCUAUGAAGGAGAUGAAUCUGGGUGUCAAACGGAAAAAUCUUGUUCUACCUCAAGACAUUUCCAUUCGAGAUGGAAUGUUGCAUUUGGAUCGGCAUACGGAUUUCUCCCUUCAAAAGUGUACUGGUUCUAGACAUCAGAGUGAAGUAUUCAAGAAGCCUUCAUUCCAAGAGCAGAGCUGUGGGGACAAAUCCAGACCUCAACCAGGGUGUUCAUCUGGUUCAGAUAAGCCUUCACGGAGUGGUGACGUCAAGCUGUUUGGUAAAAUUUUAGUGUCUUCCAAUAAGGAACCUAAUUCUGAACUACUAGAUUCUGGCCCUGAUAACUCGCACCUUAAAACGAGUGGCCAGUCUCUGAGCUUGAAAUUAAGUGUUGAUGAGAAGGUUCAUUUGCACUCUUCAAAGUCCAAGUUUGAUUGUAAUAACUUUCUUGGCACAGAGAACAUCCCAGUUGGGAGUUUUGGUCUCUGGGAUGGAGGCAAGACCCAGGCAGGGUACCCUCUACUUGAUUCUACUCUAUUGUUGAGCAAGUAUCCCGCUGCAUUCGCUAAUCACUCUAUAAGACUGGAGCAGCCUCCUCUGUGUCGAGUAUCUAAGAGCAAUGACAAUCCCUUCAAUGGUGUCUCAGUUAUACCAAGAGAGCUGAACAGCAACAUUGGACUAUCGGAAUUCCCAGUAUUAAGGAAUCUAGAGCUGCAGCAGCAGCAGCCUUUAACAGUAGAUAUGAGGCAGCCACAGGAUGUAGCAUUCUCAGAGAUGCAAAGAAGGAUUGGGUUUGAGGCCGCCAUGGCAGGAAUGCAGCAGCAGCAGCAAGCACAGAUGAUGGUUGGAAUAAAUAAUGUUGUGGGAAGAGGAGUAAUUCUGCACAACGAACAAUUCCCCGGGGCCUCAAAUCCUGUUAAAAAGCACUAUGCUACAGCUCCUAAUUUUAAUCUUCAGGCAGGGUCUGGAUGGCGAAUGGACAAGUAAAAAUGGGAUUUAGGCAGGCGAACAGGUAGUGUGCUGAGAUUGCUCUUUCUUUUGAUGCAGUGUAUCAUACUACAUAGUAUUUAUGUGCUUUUUUCAACUCAAUGAUAGGACAGUUUUUCUUUUUUUUUUUUUGGUUUCAUCUGUUUUUGGUGUUCUUUCUCGGUGGGGUGUGUGAUGGGGUAGGGUAGGAAUGUUUUUGGAUAUUGUGAUGUUUAUUGCAGCAGUAGCCUGGCCUUUGUAUUUGUUGUAUUCGGAUUUUGGUGGGAGUGAGUACAGAAAAUAAUGUGUCUCAAAUGCAAUUUCUGUUUUGAUGCA